CAUAUUUUAGGAACAUAUAUAUGUUUAGCUAAGACGUAAUUGCACAUUUCUUAUUUUUACGUAUUUUACAGAACUGCUGUUCAAAAACUUUCAGGUUUUCUUUCAGAAUCAUAACUUAAAUAUUUUUAUCAAGCUUUGGAGAGGGGACACCCUCAAUUUCAGGCAUGGAAUACGUUGUAGACACUCCCGAGCGUGGUAAACGUGAGAUAAUGAAUAUUGAUGAUAAUGAUAAUGAUGUGUAUAGGCAGCUGUUCCAAAAAAUCUUCUGUCUGGAUAGCUGGAUGAAUGUUUUGUUGGGCAUACACGAGUCGGGUAAAGAUAGAUGUUGAAUAGGAACAAUAGAAACAUCUUAAGAAUCAUGAAGGUCCCAAUUUAUAGUAUCUGCAAUACAUGAAAACAGCAAUCAAACGAACAUCAAAAUUUUUACAGGAUAAAUAUGUGGAUAAUAGCAGUAGGAUCUGCUGUCAAUAUAUUGAUGAAUUUUUACGAAAUACAGCCAGGUUCCAAGCAAAAGCUUCUAAAAAUGUUCACGAUUUUCAUACAAUUUUUGAAGAAAUUAAGAAGAGAUUGAGGGACGCAAUGAGGCCAAAAGUUAUACGAAGAUCAAUUGAAUUUAUAAUCGAAAGAAUGAACAGGUUAAUAACUGUGGCAUGCUGGCGAAUUUCGAUUGUACAAAUGAAGCCAGAAUUGUGGAACAACUUGAUUUUUCUUCACCUGAUACAAUUAAUCUGAGCAGUGAUUGCUGAGGUUUUCUAGGGGUUUCCCUCGCCCAAGUGCGAAUGCAGUCACCAAAAAACCAUAUUCCCCUAAUAAAUAGUAGAGAAAAUGAAAAUCGUAGUUAUGCUAUUAAUGAUCAUGUAAUUUUAU